UAGUGAGCAGCUAUUCUAUGACCCCCCCUACUCUUAGCAUCAUUGAGGAGGAACACGUCAUCAACGCCAAGGAUACGCUGACCAUCACCUGCAGGGGCCAGCACCCCUUGGAGUGGUCGUGGCCUGGGGGCAAGGUGGACCCUGCUGGGAAGGAGAAGGAAACCGAGUUGGUGGCCUCAGCAGCCCCCAGCAGCGGCUGGGCAAUCCGAGAAGAAGACUGCGAGGGGACCGGCACAAAGCCAUACUGCAAAGUCCUGGUGCUGACAGAGACGCAGGCAAACGACACAGGUUACUACCGCUGCUACUACAAGUACAUCGAUGCCAAAAUCGAGGGCACCACGGCAGUCAGCACCUACGUGUUCGUGAGAGAUUUUGAACAGCCGUUUAUCAACAAGCCGGAGACCCUCCUCAUCAGCAAGAAGGAGAACACUUGGGUACCAUGCCUUGUGUCCAUCCCAGAUCUUAACGUCACACUGCUCUCGCAAAAUUCUCUCAUCCAUCCUGACGGGAAAAGCACUUUCUGGGACAACAAGAAGGGGGUGCAGGUACCCACACACUUGAUCAGGGACUCCUUGUUUGUCCAGUGUGAGACUGUCAUCAACAAGAAGGUCUUCAAAUCCAAUUUCUUCAUCAUCCAUAUAGCAGGGAGCGAGCUGUAUGACAUCCAGCUGUAUCCCAAGAAAGCCAUGGAGCUGCUAGUGGGAGAGAAGCUGGUCUUGAACUGCACAGUGUGGGCUGAGUUCAACUCUGGCGUCCGCUUCCAGUGGACUUACCCUGGCAAACAGACACAGCGGGCAGUGAUGGAGCCUGAGCGCCGGUCCCUGCAGACACACACAGAGCUCUCCAGUAUCCUGACCCUCCACAAUGUCAGCCAGCAGGACCUGGGCAAGUACACGUGCACCGCCACCAACGGUGCCCAGAUGCUGGAGGAGAGCACCGAUGUCAUCGUGCAUGAAAAGCCCUUCAUCAACGUGGAGUGGAGGAAGGGCCCAGUGAUAGAAGCCACUGCAGGAGAUGAAGCCGUGAAGCUGCCGGUGAAAGUCGUGGCUUACCCCUCACCAGACUUCCAGUGGUACAAGGACGGGAAGCUAAUUCCCAAGCAAUCUCAAUCUUCAAUGCAGAUCAAGGAUGUGUCGGAGCAGCAUGCUGGGACAUACACGCUGGUUCUGCGGAACAGGCUGGCAGGGCUGGAGAAGCGCAUCAGCCUCCAGUUAAUCGUCAAUGUUCCUCCACGAAUCCAUGAGAAGGAAGCCUCUUCCCCAAGCAUCUACUCCCGGAGGAGCCCCCAGGCCCUCACCUGCACAGUCUAUGGCAUCCCAGCGCCGGAGGUGAUCCAGUGGCAGUGGAGGCCGUGGAUGCCCUGUCGGAUGUUCUCCCGACGCAGCCUCAGGCACCGGGCAGCAAGACGCCAUCAGCGGGACCGGAUGCCCGAGUGCAAGGACUGGAAAGAUGUGUCACAGCAGGAUGCGGUGAACCCCAUCGAAAGCAUUGACACCUGGGUGGAGUUCGUGGAGGGGCGGAACAAGACAGUCAGCAAACUGGCCAUCCAGGAGGCCAACGUCUCGGUCAUGUACAAGUGUAUCGCCUCUAACAAAGUGGGUCGAGAUGAGCGGCUGAUCUACUUCUACGUGACCACCAUUCCAGACGGGUUCGAGAUUGAGUCCCAGCCCUCGGAAGCGCCCAUAGAGGGGCAGGACCUACAGCUGAGCUGCAAUGCGGACAACUACACCUACGAGAACCUGCAGUGGUAUCGGCUGAACCUCUCCAAGCUCCACGACGAGGAGGGCAACCCCCUUGUGCUGGACUGCAAGAACGUCCACCACUACGCCACCAAGAUGCACGGGGAGCUACGCUUCCAGCCCGACUCUAACGAUGCGACCUUGCUGCUCACCAUCCCCAACAUCUCCCUGGGCGAGGAGGGAGACUACGUGUGUGAGGUGCAGAACAGGAAGACCCGGGAGAAGCACUGCCACAAGAAAUACAUCUCUGUGCAGGCCCUGGAGAUCCCCCGCCUCAAGCAGAACCUGACAGACAUUUGGGUGAACGUCAGUGACUCCAUAGAGAUGCGCUGUAAGGUGGACGGCAACCAUGUUCCUGAAAUCAGCUGGUACAAAGAUGAGAAACUGGUGGAAGAAGUGUCAGGGAUCGACCUGGCGGACUUCAACCAGAGGCUGAGCAUCCAGAGGGUGAGGGAGGAGGAUGCUGGGCUCUACCUGUGCAGCGUCUGCAACGCUAAGGGCUGUGUGAACUCCUCGGCCAGCGUUUCUGUGGAAGGCUCUGACGACAGGACCAAUGUGGAGAUUGUCAUCCUGAUUGGGACUGGGGUUAUCGCUGUUUUCUUCUGGAUCCUCCUUAUCCUCAUCUUCUGUAACAUCAAAAGGCCUGCCCAUGCAGACAUCAAGACGGGCUACCUCUCCAUCAUCAUGGACCCCGGCGAGGUGCCCUUGGAGGAGCAGUGCGAGUACCUGCCCUAUGAUUCCAGCAAGUGGGAGUUCCCACGAGACCGCCUGCGCCUAGGUAAAGUCCUGGGUCAUGGUGCCUUUGGGAAGGUGGUGGAAGCAUCAGCGUUUGGGAUCAAUAAAAGUAACAGCUGUGAGACUGUAGCAGUCAAAAUGCUGAAAGAGGGAGCUACCGCAAGUGAGCACAAGGCGCUGAUGUCAGAGCUGAAGAUCCUCAUUCACAUCGGGAAUCACCUCAACGUUGUGAAUUUACUGGGUGCCUGUACCAAACCCAAUGGUCCACUCAUGGUUAUUGUUGAGUUCUGCAAAUAUGGAAACCUCUCCAACUACCUGCGGACCAAGCGGGAAGGGUUCAGUCCCUACAGGGAGAAGUCUCCCAGGCUGCGUAUUCAGGUCCAGUCCAUCGUGGAGGCAGUGAGAGCAGACAGGAGGAGUCGUUCUGGGACUAGUGACAGUGCUAUCUUCAACCGCUUUCUGAUGCACAAGAGCCACACAGUGCAGCCAAUCCAGGAAGUGGACGACUUGUGGCAAAGUCCCUUGACAAUGGAAGACCUGAUCUGCUACAGCUUCCAGGUAGCACGUGGCAUGGAGUUCCUGGCAUCCCGAAAGUGCAUCCACAGAGACCUGGCGGCUCGCAAUAUCCUGCUGUCAGAGAACAACGUGGUAAAGAUCUGUGACUUCGGCCUGGCCCGGGACAUCUACAAGGACCCCGACUAUGUCAGGAAAGGCAGUGCCCGUCUCCCACUGAAGUGGAUGGCUCCAGAGAGCAUCUUCGACAAAGUCUACACUACCCAGAGUGACGUUUGGUCCUUCGGGGUCCUCCUCUGGGAAAUCUUCUCACUAGGGGCAUCUCCAUACCCUGGAGUUCAGAUCAAUGAGGAGUUCUGCCAGAGGCUCAAAGACGGUACCAGGAUGAGAGCCCCAGAGUACGCCACAGCGGAAAUUUACCGUAUAAUGCUGAGCUGCUGGCAUGGUGAUCCCAAGGAGAGACCAACUUUCUCUGACCUGGUGGAGAUACUGGGGAACCUUCUUCAGGAAAACGUCCAGCAGGAAGGGAAGGAUUACAUCCCGCUGAACGACUCUCACAGCUCAGAAGAUGAUGGUUUCUCCCAAGUGCCUUCCUCUGCCCAGCAAAACUCAGAUGAAGAGGACUUUGACAUGAGGAUACGCUGUCACAGCCUAGCAGCAAGAUACUACAACUGUGUCUCAUUCCCUGGUUGUUUGACGGGAGGAAAUCAGAUCAGGUGUCCAUCCAGGAUAAAGACAUUUGAAGAGUUUCCCAUGACACAUACAAUGUACAAGGCACACCCGGACAAUCAGACAGACAGUGGGAUGGUUCUGGCAUCUGAGGAAUUUGAGAGGAUAGAAAACCGACACAGAAAAGAAGGUGGAUUCAGCAGUAAAGGGCCCAGUCGAACAGCGGAGCUGCCAGGGGAACAGUCGGAGCUGCGGGGCAGAUGUCGGCCGUCAUACGGGUCCCAGGUUGGAGGCCAGACUUUUUACAACAGUGAAUACGGGGAGCUGUCAGAACACUCUGAGGACGGCAGCUGCACCCCGCCUGGAGAGGGGGCCAGUCCCCCCACUCUCCACGUUUCCUUCUUCUCUGAGCAGUACUAAUGGCCUCAGGGCCUGGAGGCGCCUGCCGAGGCAUCCCCUCUCCCCCUCCAGGCACAUCAUCAGGGUCACUCAGAGCUUCUCCUUCAACCUAUGCCCAACCCCAGCAGUGAACCUACCCCAAACAGAUGGGGAACAUCGCUGUCCUUGGAACUACAGCACAAUGGCCCAAUGCAGCACCUCCAACUGCAGCUUCCCCGUGCUGGGACUGGAGAGAGCGCCUCGCUGAUUCCUCACGUUUCUUUUCUUCCUGCGGCUCAGACAGAUGCAUUCUGCCGGCGAGUGGGUGCCUGUGUUCAGCACUACAGCACCUUCUGCCUAGCAUCCAGCCUCCACUCAGAUCAGCUUCCCAUUCAGAAAGCCCAUUUCAGGUCAGAUAUAAAUAGAUCUGUCUUAGUCUCAAGUUUCUUCCUGGUGCGCAGCCUGAAUGUUUUUCCUUGGAUCGCUUCCUCCUCCUCUCCUCAUGAUAUCAGCUCCUGAGCUGUGGAGCAGAAUCAAAGGAAAGAAAUCCCUAGUGGUGUUAGCAGCAAGAGCAGAACAUUUUAAAGAGGUGUACGGAGAUCCUGAGGGAUCUUUGUAAAUGUUCAUGCACACUGUUCAUUCUGGGUAGAUGCCAGCCUGCCAGCCUCUCCAUCUCCUCUGCAAGCAACACCCACACCCCUCUCAUCUCUGCUGGGGGGAAACCUGUCAAUCUGCCUUAUACCAGUAUUAUUUUAGCCAUCUGAACACAGCUAGUGCUGAGUAGGUCAUCAGCUGAUGGCUGGAGUCCUCCCACUGAGAUAAAUGGCAACUCUUUUUGCACGCCCUAUGCAAAACAGGAGUUUAUAUGAUCUGUGCUGGGAGCAGGUUACUCACAGGUCUGCUGCUCUCGCCUUCCUCUUCUCCCAGAGCAGUGCUGAGAUCAUUUGUUGCUCGAGUGAGAAAUUAAAGCAAGGCUGUGUUAAUUUCAGCUGGCUUCUAAACAUAGAGUGAAAAUGGAAUGUUUGCUGGGAGGAAAAGGAUCAAAGUGGUAGGGAGUGAAAUGUUUAUUUUCAAGUUGCUGCAAGGGUUUGGGGAGCAGUGGAAGAAACAGAGCUCCAGCAAUGAGGUGCCCUUGUGUGUUGGCAUCACUGAGCACACGGAGGGCAGCACCUGGCCAGGGCUUAAGCCCCAGUUCUCCUGGAUGGACAGUUCUGCACCAUGACCUUUCCUGUUGCCUGAGUUGCCUGGCUCUAAGGAGGCACUCUCUGCCCAAGGGGCUCCUCUCCAGUUGCUGUUACAGAGCCACGAGCACAGUGUGCCUGUCUCUGGAGGACUGAGGAACAUUUAUUUGCUGAGGAAACAUCUCAUCACUUGGGCUUUUUGUUUCUAAAAGAUACCACGUGAAUUCAGAGCUCUGGGGAACCUCCGCAGCUCCUCGCUACAGAUUUCUGUGCUGCUGCCUCACCACUUCUCACCCACUUUCCAUCCUGCUCACAGUCCAAGAGCUCAGCCACAGAGCACAGUUACAUCACUGCCAGAGGAGUCUGGGUGAAGAGGCUCGUCUGGAGAGCUUGUCAUCAUCUCUUCUCACACACGCCCGUGGCUGGCAGAGCUCCUUGCACCAGAGCAUCUAGGUGCAGCACCGGGGAGUUUCUGCUUGUGGGCCACGCCUCUGUGCGCAGAGCCAAGGGUUUGGUUUGGACUUUAUAAAUUGCGUUUCCUGUCAGACUUACUGCUUUCCCAAACUGCAUGGCUUUCCCAGCAGAGGGUUUGAUGCAUUUCCUGACGUAAGUCUGUGAGUCCUUACGGAUGACUCUCCCAAGUCUUAAUUAUAGUUCUCUGCACAAGUGUAAUGGGGAGAUUUAUUUAGCACAUGGGAAAAGCAUGCCUGUCAUUCAGAUUCUCUAAGCCUGUGCUGAACACUCAACGUUCCACUCCCUUUUCAUGUCAGCAGGAUGACAUGGCUGGCUGCGAUUUCCAUGGCAAAAAAAAGAGGCAGAAAACUGGACCAGCUUGAGCCAACCAAACCGGCUCAAGAUGUGGAAUUGGAAACUGCAUGUGACAAUGAAUUCCCUGACUUGUACUGGUGUCCCCUGAAGUUGCCAGGAAUUUAAGCAUCUUUAGGUAAUUGUUAUGACUCAGUAAGAAUCCUCUGGCAGGAGACACUGGAGAGCCAGGCCAAGGAAGUAGGACAGCCAACGGGGUGUAGGCCAGACCAAAUUCUCCUGCCCUCAUCUUGCCCUGGUUUUUAAACUGGUGGUUCCCUUGACAGAAGGAAGGCUGCAUGUGCCCUGUGCUGCUGGGGGUCUCCCCCAGCAUUCACAUGAGUGGAAGGUGACAGACAGCUGAGCUAAAUUCAGGCUGCUCGCUGGGUGAUGUACAUCCGUAGCACGCAAGCUCUCUUGUUUCUAGUGCUUCACAAACAGUUCUCUGCCUGGAAACACAGCCCCAUCUGAAAAAGCACCCAAGAAAGAGGCCUAUGAAUAAAAUAAUAGUUGAAAAACAGAAUUCAAAAGUAGCUGCA